UUGAACCUUGCUGUUUCCGCACUGGGCAGUAGAGUUCUGUCUGCUGUGUUCUCUGUUCUCGCUCUCCUGCUGGCGGCCGCUACAUUUCUGGCAUUCCACCGUCACACGUUCAGGUUAAACCAUGGUGAUUAAAGUUUUCAUCGCAUCCUCUUCUGGCUCUAAAGCGAUUAAGAAGCAGCAACAAGAGGUAUUGGAUUACCUGCAGGCCAACAAAAUUGAGUUUGAAAGAUGUGACAUUGCAGUUAAUGAUGAAAACAAAAUGUUUAUGAGGGAGAAUGUUCCAGAGAACUGCCGACCUGUAAGUGGAAACCCACUUCCACCUCAGAUCUUCAAUAAUGACCAUUACUGUGGGAACUUUGAAGCGUUUUUUGAUGCCAGAGAGAAUAAUGCCGUGUAUGCAUUUCUAGGCCUGACAGCUCCACCUGGAUCAAAGGAAGCCGAAGCCCUUGCAAAGCAAGAAUCUUAAACCCCAACUUCAUCGCAACUGAUAUUAUCAGCAAACCAGACUAUUCUAGUGUGAACAAAGUAUGUUUUGGGACUGAGUAGGAUUUAACAGGGAGGACCAGUUGGGAUUAUUGGAGCCUCCCUCAGUUAGUUAAAACACCCAGUCAAUUUUAUUAAUAACUAGUAACUGGGUGACAAUGGACCACCGGGUUUAUAUUAAAUGUAUUAUUAAAUAUAAUUUCUUUUUAAAUAGUUUAUUUUAGCUUAUUUUUCUACUUGGUCAUCUGAUUUAAGCAGACACCCAAAAUGUUACCAAAAAAAUUUCUUACCCUUGUUUUUUUUGUUAUUUCUAAGUUUUCUACUUUUGAUUCUGCCAAUCCCAUAAAACAAACUCUUUUGACACUGAAGUUUAAACAUUGAGGUAACUUCACUGCUAAUUCCACAGCUCUGCUCUCUUCUAAUCUUCAUCUGUUUCAAUUAUUCACCUCGUAUGGGAACUUGUUUUAUUCCAUUAUCUUGUGCUGGUCUCCUAGGUGUCAAACUCCUGAACCAAAGGGCAAAUAAGAUAAUUGUUCCAUUUUACCUGGUGCAUUAAGUGGAGAUUAUAACCAUGUUCCAGAAUUUUUAACAAUGGCCUAACCAGAGUGGCUGGAGGAAAAUUGCAAGAACCUUGCUCACAUUAAUGCUAGAUUAAGCACAGGUGAACUGAAUCCCCUUGUUCUCAUUAUUUUGUAUGCACUGCUUGCUGUAUCUGCUCAUCCUACUUCAGAGCGAAUGACUUGUUUUAUUUUUUCAGGGCAGCGUUGUGUCUGGGUCUAAUUUUAGGUGCAACCAGCAGUUGAAAGAUGGCAAGACACAGGCUGCAGCCACUUCUCUCCUGUUCCCAUUCUUUUGCAUUCAAAAGUGCAUCAGUCAUAAAGUAAAAUUAAGUUGCAUUUUGAAAUAAUUGCAAAUUAAUUGGGUAAUUAUGCAGCAGUUGCUUGGAUCUGGUUGAUGGGAUGUUUAGGAAAAAAACUCUCGCUAAAGCGUCUGAUAUACAAGGCAAGGUUCCUCCAGUGGCCCCUGCCAGUUUCCCAGUAAUUGAUAGCUAACAACAUCCAGAAUCGCACCUUGAUGAUAUUGGAAGUUAUUUUAGAAUGCUUUAUUACAUUUGAUGCUUUCAAACAGUCUUAAAAGAAUCGCUGAGAAGGGUGCAACAACAAAGCCUGUCAUCAUCUACAAGGCACAAGUCAGGAGUGUGAUGGAAUACUCCCCACUUACCUGGAUGAGUGCAGCUCCAACAACACUCAAGAAGCUGGACACCGUCCAGGACAAAGCAGUCUGCUUCAUUGGCACCCCAUUCAUAAAUAUUCACUCCCUCCACCACUGACGCACAGUGGCAGCGGUGUGUACCAUCUACAAGAUGCACUGCAGGAAUUCACCAAGGCUCCUUUUGACAGCACUUUCCAAACCCAUGGCCACUACCAUCUAGAAGGACAAGGGCAGCAGAUAGAUGGGAACACCUCCAAGUUCCCCUCCAAGUCACUCACCAUCCUGUCUUGGAAAUAUAUCGCUGUUCCUUCACUGUCGUUGGGUCAAAAUCCUGGAACUCCCUCCCUAACAGCACUGUGGGUGUACCUACACCACAUGGACUGCAGCGGUUCAAGAGGCAGCUCACCACCACCUUCUGAAGGGCAAUUAUGGAUGGGCAAUAAAUAAAUGCGGGCAAAGCCCACAUCCCAUGAAUCAAUAAGAAAAAAUUCACCAUUCCUCACACUCCUGCCAGCGUACCGUACCUGCAGGUUAUUUUUGCAGCAUCCCACUUUUCUCAGAUUCUAAAUUAUCUUCAGCUACGUCUUAAGGCCAGACAGCUUUGUGCAUUAAACCAGCUGUAAAAAUAACAUGGCAGGUGCUCCAUACCUUUCGUGCUAAUACAGUUUCCGCCGCUUAUAGUAGGUACCUUCAUGCCAGCACCAUUUGCUCAGUAUGUGACCCCUGGGGAUCCCGAAUGCCAGAAAAAGUUAGGAUUUGCUGGACUCUCUCAGCUCUGUGAGAGGUGAUGUUAACCAUGGGAUUUUCAUUUUAAUAGCCAUGCCUGGUAUAACAUACAUUUUCUACCAGGUUUUCUUCAAAGAUUUCAGUGAACUCUCUACUUGUCCCCUGGAAAUAAUUCCCUUUAAGGAAUUGCUUCAGUGAGAGUGAUGCUAAACGUAACGUUUAUCUCUGCAGAGCAAUGGAACAAGAUUCUUAAAUUCACUGGUUGUUGCUGACCAAAAUAAGUAUAAUAUUCCAUAGAUUACAUAGUGUUUACAACAGAAACUUUACCAGUGUUUUAUGCUCUGAACGAGCUACCUUACUUCAUAUCAUCCUGUCAACAAAUCCUUCUAUUCCUUUCCCAGUCAGGUAGCUAGCUUCCCCUUAAAUUCAAAUAUGCUAUUCGUCUCAACUGCAUCUUGUGGUAGUGAGUUCCACACUCUAAGCAAUCUCUGAGUAAAGAAGUAACAGCAUUCAUGACACUGGAACCGACAACUUUGAAACUGAUAAUGCAGAUGGAUAAUGGCGAUCACUUUUUUGGCUGACCUAAGGAUUGCCGGUUUUAAACAUGAACAUCUUAAAUGGUGGGGACUUUAUGGUAGAGAAUAACUUGAGAUUACAACAUCACAGGGUGGAAAUUGCAUACAGCUUCUGCACUUCCAAACUUGACUUGAUGGAGGUCAUUCUCGGAGACCUCUGCCAAUCUGGCAAAGUGGCUGCUGAUUUCUGAUGCAUGCUGGUCACAGGGUGCCAUCAUACUGCAAUAUGCCAGCUCCUGUCAUGUCUUUGGAAAGUGUCACACUUUGUCACACAGUACUUUCCAUUGAUUUGUGGGACACAUUGUAGCUUACACAUUUAAGGAAAUCUUUAAAAGUAGAGCAACAUGUCUCUGAUUUAUUGCAUUUGCUGUUAAGAUCAUGUAUGCUUAAGAAAAUAAAAGAAAAAUCAAAUUAAUAAAUAUUACAUUUGAUGCAGCA